GUCGGGGAGAGGUGUUAUUGUAGGAGACGAAGAUUCUAUUCGCCUCCCCCUUCUCUCUCUCUCUGCUCCUCUGCUCUUUAUACUACUACUGCUUCAGUUCUCACCUUCUCUCUCUGCCCUCACCUGACUCCCUCCUUCCUGCCCUCUCUCUCUCUCUCUCGAUACCACCGCCUCCGCUCCCCUCCAAGCCUCUCCUUUUUCCGCCCUCCGAGGCUCCGACGUCCUCCGACGACUUCCAGGGCGGCGCCGCGCAAGGGCAAUAACUACCUGUUGGUCACCGAGCCAAAAGGGGAUUCUUUUUUCGGUGCUCGCUGAUCGAUUGAUGAGCGGCGGGCGGCGGCGAUGAGGGCGGAUCUCAGCACCAUCCAGCAGACGCUCACGCCGGAGGCGGCGGCGGCGCUGGCGCGUGCCAUCGACGAGGCGGCGCGGAGGAGGCAUGGCCAGACCACGCCGCUCCACGUCGCCGCCGCGCUGCUCGCCGCGCCGGCCGGGCUGCUGCGCCAGGCGUGCGCUCGCGCGGCCGCCGCCGGUGCCGGACCUGGCGCUGGUGGUGGCGCCGGCGGUGCGCACCCGCUUCCGUGCCGCGCCCUCGAGCUCUGCUUCUCCGUCGCCCUCGACAGGCUGCCGGCCGCGGCCUCGGCCGCGGUGGCGCAUGCGGCGGGGCCGCCGGUGUCCAACGCGCUCGUCGCGGCGCUCAAGCGCGCGCAGGCGCAGCAGCGCCGGGGGUGCCCCGAGGCCGCGCAGCAGCCGCUGCUCGCCGUCAAGGUCGAGCUCGAGCAGCUCGUCCUCUCCAUCCUCGAUGACCCGUCCGUCAGCCGCGUCAUGCGCGAGGCCUCCUUCUCCUCUGCAGCCGUCAAAACCACAAUCGAGCAGUCGCUCGCGUCGCCCUCGCCGCCGCCCGCCGCCGUCUCCACCGCGACGGUCGCCGCAACUACACCCCUGGCUCCGUCCCCGUCUCCGCUCCCGCGAGUCGGCACAGCCAACGCCUACAUCAACCCUCGCCUCGCGGCCGCCGCAGGCGGCGGCGGAGACAACGCCUACAUCAACCCUCGCCUCGCGGCCGUCGCAGGUGGCGCCGGGGACAACGCCUACAUCAACCCUCGCCUUGCGGCCGCCGUAGGCGGCGGCGGGGACGACGCGCGCAAGGUGCUCGACGUCAUGCUUAAGCCGGCGCGGCGCAACCCGGUGCUCGUGGGCGACGCCGGGCCGGACGCGGUGCUGAAGGAGGUGGUACGCAGGAUCCCGAUGGCUGGCUCCCCUGCCCUCGCCGGAGCGAAGGUCUUGCCGCUCGAGGGCGACCUCGCCAAGCUCGCCUGCGACAAGGCCGCCAUGGCGGCGAGGAUCGGGGACCUGGGCGCUUCGGUCCAGAGGCUCCUCGCUGACCACGGCGCCGUGGUUCUCGAUCUUGGAGAUCUCAAGUGGCUGGUGGAUGGCCCGGCGGCAGCAGCGUCAGAGGCGGGCAAGGCGGUGGUGUCGGAGAUGGCGCGGCUGCUAAGGCGGUUCGGAAGCGGCAAGGUCUGGGCCGUCGGUACAGCGGCCUGCGCCACCUACCUCCGAUGCAAGGUCUAUCACCCAACCAUGGAGGCCGAGUGGGAUCUCCAGGCCGUGCCUAUCGCCCGCAGCGCGCCGCUUGCCGGCGCAGGUCUCAGGUCUGGAGGCACUGGAAUUUUGGGCAACUCAGUGGGGAUGUUAUCACCUACGCUCCGGCCUAUGCCGCUGACACCAACGGCACUCCGAUGGCCACCGGGGGCAGGGAGUGACCAUCCUCUGAUGGCUAAGCCAACCAUGUGCAUGCUUUGCAAGGGUAGCUAUGAUCGUGAGCUUGCCAAGCUCGCAGCGGAGCAGAAGGAAAAGCCAACGUCCUGCCCUGAGGCUGUUAAGCCUGGUUUGCCACACUGGAUGCAGCCCAGCAGUGAUCAAACACAGACCAAGGAGCAAGAGUUGAAACGGAAGGAGGCUGCCGAAGAGCUUGAGAAGAAAUGGCGUGAGACUUGCGCCUGUACCCAUGGUAACCGUGCUGGGGCGCCAGCUGUCUCCUUGCCGUUGGCUGCCUUAGCUUCACGCCCGCCCGUCGAGCCCAAGCUACAACUUGCCAGGGGUGGUGUUCCCACCCUUAAGAUGAACACCAGUUGGGACAAGCCUGAGGGUACCCCUACAUCUGAGCUUCGUAAGAGUCCGCCCGGCAGCCCAGUGAAGACUGACCUUGCGCUUGGUCCCUUGGAUCCUGGUGCUACUGUGGAGAAAGACCAGAAGGAAAACUACACUGAAGGGCUAACUGCUAUGCAAAAGGCUAAGAUAGCUGGGAUAUCUGAUAUCGAGUCUUUCAAAAGGCUCCUCAAGGUGCUCACAGAGAAGGUCAGCUGGCAAUCUGAUGCUGCCUCAGCAAUUGCUGCUGUUGUAAUACAAUGCAGAACUGGCAGUGGGAAGCGGCGAAACAUCGGGACAAGGGGAGACAUAUGGCUCCUGUUUGUUGGUCCUGACCAGGCAGGCAAGAGGAAGAUGGCGAAUGCAUUGUCUGAGCUGAUGGUAAAUGCUCAACCAGUGGUUAUAAACUUUGGUGGCGACUCUCGUCUGGGCAAGGAUGGUAAUGCGGGUUUCUGGGGGAAAACCUCACUUGACCGGGUCACUGAGGCAGUUCGGCAAAAUCCAUGUUCAGUUAUUGUUCUUGAGGGCAUUGAUCAAGUGGACGUUGUUGUGCGGGGAAAGAUCAAGCGGGCAAUGGAGACUGGUCGCUUGCCAGACUCUCGGGGACGUGAGGUCAGCCUUGGCAAUGUCGUCUUUGUUCUCACCACGAAUUGGUUACCUGAGGAACUCAGGAGACCAAAGUUUGAAACAUUGCUCCAAGAUGAAGGAAGGAUGUUUGAGGUAGCAAGCUCUAAUUGGCAGCUGGAGCUUUCUAUUGGGGACAAGCAGAUUAAGCACCGAGCGGAUUGGCUAUGUGAUGAUGCUCGUCCAGCAAAGGUAGCCAAAGAAUUGUCCGGUGGGCCUGGUCUAUCACUUGACCUCAAUUUAGCAGUUGGGGCAUUGGAUGACACUGAGGGCUCACGGAAUUCCAGUGAUCUCUCUGUGGAACAAGAUCAGGAGAAAGGGCACCUUGCAGUCAAGUGUUCAACACCAGACCCUGACUGUGAUUUGUUGAAUCUCGUUGACGAUGCCAUUGUGUUUCGGCCAGUUGACUUUGCACCAUUUAGGAAGACUGUCACAGAUUGCAUAUCAGCGAAAUUCGACUCAGUCAUCAGGAGCAGUAACUCAUUCAGAAUCGAUGAAGACGCUGUUGAUCAUAUGGCAGGCAGCAUCUGGCUCACUGACGAGAAGCUUGAAGAUUGGGCAGAGAAAGUGCUUAUGCCCAGCAUCGAACGAUUGUGGCGCAACGUGAAGCACUACAGUGGCCGUGCUGUUGUCCGACUUGCAGCAGUCACAGACAAGGCAUUGCCAAGGUGGGGAGGGGGGCGAGAAGGGCUACCAGCGACGGUACCGAUCGCCAUUGAUGGCAUGUAGGGAGGGAAUUGGGGGAAGUACAUUCUUUUGUAUGGUAGGUAUGUACAUAUUGGGGAGGAACUCAGGGGGAGGUUACUAUAUGAAGCACAUAGGGGAGGAAGGGUGAACAUCCCUUUGACUACCAAAUAGGCAUGGAGGUUAUAGAUUUUAUAACAAAAAAGAUGUGAUCUAUAGUUUUGAUGAUAAUAUAUGUAGCUAUGUUCCUUGAAACUAAAAAAAAAAGGUUUCUCUUUUGCACUUGCUAAUGUUGCAAGGGUUGUUGGUGUAGAGGAAAGUAAAUAAUGAUGUAGCCCUCAAUCAAACUCGACUCCUAUCAGAGCAGUUGUGAUGCAUAAACUGUUGAGCUUGCAUCAAGUGGCUUCCUAUAUAUGAUUUUUAUUUUCUGGGAGAUCUCAGAGGUGUUUGCUUUGUUUGGUGUGAAUGUAUCAAUACAUCCUCCUCAGCUUCCUA